GUGAUGGUUUCUCUUUGUUUCUGGAUUUGUAGUAGGGCAGUCACUGCAGGGUGCCACGAUCAGGGACAAAGAUUAAUUUCUCAAUAUCCCACACAAAAGCAAAGGAAAGACACGUGUUAUACUGUGAGGGACAAAGAUUUUAUACCAGUUCAUUCUGUUGCUCAGAUAAGUGUGUGUGUGUGUUUCAGCCAAACAGAGACCUACACUUUGUGUUAAUUUCAAGAUAACACUGAGGAAGUCUGCAGGAAAGGCCCUGGUUUGGUCUCUCACACUGCAGAAUAGGUCUGUGUGUAGAGUAGUGAUGUGUGGAAACAAAAGGUUGUGUAUUGUUUCAGAGGUGGUGGCUCUGACUUAAGUCUUUUUGAUCUAAAACCGUUAAUAGACUUGAAGGUGUGAGCGGCCAAAGCUUCAGCAAGUCUUCCCUCACACCUUCAUCUUAGGACAAACCAGGUCUUAAUUUCCUUUUUAUGAAAUCAAAUCAUCCAUUCCCUGCUACAGAGAUAAUGUAACAAACACUGGGCAGCUUUGAUGAUUAUGAAUAUUUAGUCUGAAUCGUUUAGCUCAGUUUUUAUGAUUUCACACUAACAUUUCUUUAUCUCAUGAUGUUUUCUUUCUAAGAUAAAGUGACACAACCAGUGUGUCAUUGUAGCUGAUACCCCUGGGAAUUGAACGACAGUACAUUUGACCAAAGUGUACCCAUAGGAACAAGUAUAGAGUGUCAAAUAUUGAGAGUUUGUUUGAAUGCUUGGGUAGAUUUUUAUGCUUGUUUACUUACUCUUUUAUCAGAUAUUUCUUGUCUAAGUUCUUUACUUUACACUGGUGCCUUCACUGAACGGUUUGGCAACUGUCUCACAACAGGGUCCAUGAUUAACUUGCUGUUUAGGCAUUUUUGAUUAAAUCACAAUCUUCCUCAGUGACACAUGACGUUCAAAUUACCAUUUUUGAAGGAUGUUGAAACAUGUUUUAUAGUCCCCAGUCUAUGAUAUUAAAACAAGUAUUGCUUUGGUGUCAAUACAACACAUUUGUGCUGAAAUGUAACAUUUUCAGAUGAUACCUUUAGUUGCUACACACACAGUCUUUGUCUCUAUUAUUAUAAUAAUAAUAAUAAUAAUAAUAAUAAUACAUUUUAUUUAAAGGCGCCUUUCUUGGCACUCAAGGACAUACAGUAAUUGCAGGGAAUAGUUUGCAGUCCAGUAACAAAUGUUCAUCCCCAGUGUCAACUGUGUACUCCAGUGUCACAUGGAUAUUGUACCAGGUUCUGGUCAUUCAGGUGAUUCCAACAUUUUUUCCCCAAACAUGGCAUCUCAUUAAUGAGGGAAUCACUGUUUAGUAAAGACAACUUGUGAAGAGGGAAUCAACGUUUCCUGUGUCUAUCUUUCUUAAGGGAAUGAGAGGAGGAGUCUGUUGGCAUCAGACUAGUAUUUGUGUAAACCACCUGUUUAAUUAGUAACUCUUGGUAUGUGUGGACUAUGUUUUGUAAUAGGUCAUGGGAGGUCAUGACAUUUGUGUGACGAAAGCAAGAAGCUCUCAGUGCAUGAAUGUGUCUUAUCAACAGCCUCCUUGGCCAUCUGCUUUUAGUGUGCGUUUAUCUGAGUGUGACGUAGGUGUGUGCCAGUCUCUUAUGGGAGAAAGCAAGUUUACCAAUACUCAGAUCAUGGGUUGCAUGUGUUUCAAUUAGUAAGAACUGUGUGUGAUAUUGCUGUCAGUGGCUGCAGGAGUAGUGCUAUCUGUGGUGUUGGGAUGGGUUGUGGGGCAUGUUUGGAGUCAGCAGCUGGUAGGAACAGAAUGUCUCCGUGUGUUUCAGUGGAGCCAGGUCCUCAGAUUUCAGGAAGCAGAUGUAGUUUUCCUGGGCAGCAGGGCUUAACAGGGCUGUGGCACCCAGACUGGCAUCGUCUGGGCAAAGAAAAUACACAGUGAUUGAGAGAAAGUGAUUUUGAGAUAGAAAUCUAGCAGGCUGCAGUUUGGAAGACUGUUGUUUGGUGGAAGGUGCCGCAGGAAUGUCUUGAAAUUAUCAGGUUGUUUUUUGGUGUUUGUGUCUUGUUUGCUUCGGUUUUUUUAGGUUUUGCUCGGGUGUAGAGAAGCAUCAUGACUUGCUAAAAAGUUUUCCAGCGAUGUGCUGGCUCUGCCAAUCUUUAAGCAGGAGGACUCCAGCCUUCCUACCGAAAACGAGACCAAAAAUCCCCCAUUCCAGUAUGUGCUGUGUGCCGCCACCUCGCCUGCUGUCAAGCUGCAUGACGAGACGCUCACAUACCUAAACCAAGGCCAGUCUUACGAGGUGCGUAUGUUGGACAACAGGAAGGCAGGGGAGUUACCAGAGCUCAACAACAAAAUGGUUAAGAGCAUAGUGCGAGUGGUGUUUCAUGACCGCCGGCUACAGUACACAGAGCACCAGCAGCUGGAGGGCUGGAAGUGGAAUCGUCCUGGCGACCGUCUCCUUGACAUCGAUAUCCCCAUGUCAGUGGGCAUUGUGGAGCCGAAGACUCACCCCUCCCAGCUCAAUGCUGCUGAGUUCCUGUGGGACAUGAACAAAAGGACUUCUGUUUUUGUGCAGGUGCACUGCAUCAGUACAGAGUUCACUCCCAGGAAACAUGGUGGGGAGAAGGGUGUCCCUUUCAGAAUCCAGAUCGACACGUUCGCCCAGGGAGACAGUGGAGAGUACACAGAGCACCUCCACUCUGCCUCCUGCCAAAUCAAAGUCUUUAAGCCAAAGGGGGCGGACCGUAAGCAAAAGACAGACAGGGAGAAGAUGGAGAAACGUACAGCUCAAGAGAAAGAAAAGUACCAGCCCUCUUACGAUACCACUAUCCUGUCAGAGACGAGGCUUGAACCCAUCAUAGAGGAUGCGGGUGACCACGAGCUGAAAAAGUCCAGCAAGCGGACACUUCCCGCUGACUGUGGCGACUCCCUGGCCAAGAGAGGCAGUUGCUCCCCAUGGCCAGACAAUGCCUACGUCAGCACCAACCAGGCAGCUACUCCCUCCUUCGCCUCAACCCCACUGUCCACCUACACAACCUCCUCAGUACCGGACAGUGACUCGUCCUCUCCCAAUCACCAGGCAGACCCUGGCAGCCAUGGCAACUUGGAGUGUCCCUGUCCUCCUCUACAGCAGCUGAGCCCCACUGCGUCCAUACAGGACGCACAGAAGUGGCUGCUGAAAAACCGCUUCAGCUCCUACACAAGGCUCUUCUCUCACUUCUCAGGUUCUGAUUUGUUGAAGCUAACCAGGGACGACCUCGUCCAGAUUUGUGGGCCAGCAGAUGGGAUCAGACUCUUCAAUGCACUUAAAUCCAGGUCGGUGUGUCCCAGGUUGACAGUGUAUGUCUGUCAGGAGUCCCCUCGGGAGAGCCCCCUGCUGGAGAGACACAGCACCAAUGAAAAUGGAGACCACAGCAUCUCCUCUAGUUUACGCGUGUACCACGCUCUGUACCUAGAGGAGCUGACAGCUGCAGAAUUGAUCCGCAAGAUGGCGUGUGUGUGCAGCCUUCCAGUGGGAAAAAUCAACCAGGUGUACAGACAGGGUCCUACAGGCAUACACAUCCUGCUUAGUGACCAGAUGGUUUACAACUUACCUGACGAGAGCUGUUUUUUGAUCAGCACUGUCAAAGAUGAACUGGGCGAAGGACUCCAUCUAAUCCUGAAGUAGUGAUGAGGACAGAUGGCAUCACUAAUACUCCACCCUCUGUUUUGGAGCAGAAGCCUCCCUCUGUCCCUUUCUGCCUGCCUCUACUCUUUCCUUCUACUUCUCCCUCUCUCUCUAAACGAUCGCUCGAUGGAAAGCAGAGAGACUGCGUUAAAGCCAUGUAAAUGUUAGAAUCUGACAUGGGUGCGUCCACUGUUUCAUAUUGAAAACACUAUUAACGGAGGAGAUUAGUUAAAGGAGGAGAGACUGGGGGAGAUAUAGGGUUAGGGGAAAGAUAAUUAUCUUCUAUGUAUUUUGGUUUUUAUUUUAUUUUUUGUCUUUUAUAUGGUUUUUGUGUGGAGAAGGGAGGGGGGAGGCUCCAGGAGAGAGGGGAGAGUAUGAUCUGGCUGGCAGGAGACGGAAAGAAAGCAGAGUUUCCUUAUUGCUCGUUGCCCUUCCUACACAACGCGCACAACCAGCAUUAGGCCAGUAUUUGAUAACCUGUACUGCUGAACAGCAUGCGAUCUCAACAUACUAACUUGCUUAAAGGAGAAUCCCAACUUACUCUGCUUGUUUAACAUUCUCUCGGGGUUGUCGUAGUAAACCAUUUAUUGAUCAGCUGAGCUUGGCAACCCCUGAAAUAUCCAGGCUAAAUUUGUGGAAGUGGCGUCAACUUUUGUGGAUGUUAACACCAACAUUCAAUUUUUUUUUUUUUUUUCUUGGACUUUGUCAAAUGGACUGAUUUCAUUGACUCUUGUCACAUAGUCGCCCUAUGUGAUUUUAGACUUCCAGCCAUAUCUCUGUCUGUUGACAUGACGUCACACUCAGCUCAACUCUCUUAAUGUACAUCCUGUCUGGCCUGCGCUUUUACUGUUUUUAGUUGAUGCUUUAUUUAUGGAUAAGCUGUUUCUAUUGCUCUCAUUGACUUAAAUUGUUUCUGGUGCCAUAUUGGCUUUUUAGCUCAAUCUUUUACUCGCAUUCACACACACAGAGCACAUACACCUCCUCUUUGACUCCUCUGCUUUCUGUGCUGACUAAAACACUGGUUUAUUGGAGUGGGGGUUUACACCUCCUGUGAUUUUGGCCGUAAAUGUGCAGAAAAAGAGGAACAAACCUCAGUAGAAGACUGCCAUGCAGAGCAGUAACGCCUAUCCAAAAACCUACUAUAAUGUGGACCAAACGGGUUUCAGAUUGAUAGGCAUUUUUUUUGAAGAAAAGCCUCACAUGAAAGCAUUAAAAGAAUUGGUCAUAAGGUGAAUAAAACCCUCAUGUAGUGGAGCUGCUUGUGUGCUGCUUGUACAGAGUAAUAAACCCUCCAUUCCAGGAUGUGCUCUCCAAGAAACAACCCAUCAUGCAGCAGGCUGGCAAAAAAGCAUCAGUGUUGUAGCCUGGUUUCAAUAGUCUUGAUCCUGUAGACUAGAAAAUCACGGCAGCUCCACAGCCAUCUUCAGACUCUUGUGUUUUUAAUGUAGCUGAACACAGGAAGUACAGGUCAUGUGUUUUGAGUGCCCUUACUUUGAAAGGUGACAGGAAACCUCACACAGGUCGGGGAGUAGCAGGGAGGCACUGUUGGUUUAGUUGACCCCCUCACUUUUGGUACACGAUGUCUGGCAAUGUUGAAGUGCACAGUUUGCACGCCUCUAAGUGUCAGAAUGUGUGUGUGUGUGUGAGUGUGUGCGUGUGUGUGUGUGUGUGUGUGUGUGUGUGCAUGUGUAUCAUUUUUCGUUCUUACAAAGAAAACUUAAUCAUGUCAGUAGUUGUCAUAAACCUUUUUCCUGUUGGUAUAAUGAAACUGUGUUUAGCUUGCUGUUUAGUAAAGAGCAUGUGGAAGACAGGGAAGGGGAGGGAAGGAUAGUUUGGUCCUUGGUGAGUGUAACCCCUCCUUCUUUUUCCAGAUGUUAGAGACCAAGCCUGCACUGAAAAAUCACAAAAACUAAAGCUUGAUGUGUAGUCAGUAGUCCUACAGCCACACCCUCUUCUUAUCCACCUAAUGAGUAGGAGAACAGAAAAAAGAAUGUUGAGACUAAAAAGCAUCGGUUUUCGUCUCACCGUGCGCCAGAGCCAGAACUCUUGUGGUGUUUACAAGGACGUGAUUACCACAGCUCAGUAAACUGUGUUCAUCAACUUCAAAAAUGAGUGAGAAUAGAGUGGAUGUGAUACCAAGUCAGGCAAACUCUGGCGAGCAGUUGUGAUCCCCUGACGGCCUGACCAAUCGUCUGUCUGUGAGUGUGUGAGAGAGUGUGAGCAGGAGAGGUGACCACUGUUUAUGUACAGCCUAAUGUCAAUGAUGAUGCUUCUGAUGUGCACAGUAUGGUAUGCUGGAGAUGUACACAACCACAUGUGCUGGGAAUAAAUGAUUUCAUAACUUUA